AUGGCGGCCGUUAAAACUGAAAAAAUUAACACCGCUGAGGUGGAAGCUAGUAUAAGAAAUCUCAAAUUAUCUGGACAUGUUGGCUUUGACACUUUACCGGAUCAAUUGGUGAACAAAUCUGUUCAAAAUGGUUUUAUUUUUAACAUAUUAUGCAUAGGGGAAACAGGUUUGGGAAAAUCUACCUUAAUGGAUUCAUUGUUUAAUACUAGUUUUGAGUCAACACCAAGUCCUCAUAAUUUGACCACUGUCAAAUUGAAAGCACACACUUAUGAGUUACAAGAAAGCAAUGUUAGACUAAAGUUAACAAUAGUUGACACAGUGGGUUAUGGAGAUCAAAUCAAUAAAGAAAAUUCAUUUAAAGCUGUAGUGGAUUAUAUUGAUGCACAAUUUGAAGCAUAUUUGCAAGAGGAACUUAAAAUAAAAAGAUCUUUAUCAACUUAUCAUGACACAAGAAUUCAUGUUUGCCUUUAUUUCAUUUGUCCAACUGGUCAUGGUUUAAAAUCAAUCGAUCUUGUUUGCAUGAAGAAACUGGAUGCCAAAGUUAACAUAGUACCAAUAAUUGCAAAAGCUGAUACUAUUUCAAAAACAGAAUUGCAAAAAUUUAAAACAAAAAUUAUGGGAGAACUACAAAACAAUGGAGUACAUAUUUAUCAAUUUCCUACAGAUGAUGAAAAUGUUGCUGAAACAAAUGCUUCCAUGAACGCUCAUGUUCCUUUUGCUGUUGUCGGAAGUACAGAUUUUGUUAAAAUUGGAAACAAAAUGACAAGAUCUAGACAAUAUCCAUGGGGUACAGUACAAGUUGAAAAUGAGGGUCAUUGUGAUUUCGUGAAAUUAAGAGAAAUGUUAAUUCGUACGAAUAUGGAAGAUAUGAGAGAAAAAACGCAUACAAAACAUUAUGAAACCUACAGGAAAAAAAGACUCGAACAAAUGGGAUUUUCCGACGUUGAUGCCGAAAACAAACCUCUUAGUUUUCAAAAUGCUUUUGAAGCAAAGAGAAAUAAUCACAUGCAAGAAUUACAACAGAAAGAAGAGGAAAUGAGGCAAAUGUUUGUAGUUAGAGUCAGGGAAAAGGAAGCAGAAUUAAAGGAAGCCGAAAAAGAGCUUCACACAAAAUUUGACAAAUUGAAAAAAGAUCAUACCGAGGAAAAGAAAAAAGUUGAAGAAUCGAGGAAGAAGCUUGAGGAUGAAAUGAUUGAAUUUAACAGGAGAAAACAACAAUUUUUAAAUCAAUUAUCAUCUAGUCAUCACACGCUUACUCUCGGCAAAAGCAAAAAAAAGUAA